AUGGCGAACGUCGUCACUCAUCCUCAUCUACAAGUCCCUUUCCACAUGGGGCCAGUAGGUCACUCCCCCUCGCCCCUCGGCUUUGGCUUCGGUCUCUCCACCCCUUCCAUGAUGCAAGGUUGGCCUGCUUCGCCGCUCUCGCACGCCCCUGCUUGGAAUGCCACCCCUCAGCCACCGCAACAACACGCAAGAACUACUGGAAAGCGGAGGCAUGAACCAGAGGAGGAAGACAAAGAUGAGCGCAUGGACAGGAGCCCGACACCGACUGAGCGACCGCAGCGUGGUGCCCCCAAGCGUGCCCGUACUACUCCCACCGCCGCAGCUGUCGAGAAGGCUCAGGGCACAACGAAGGAGAGCAAGCCUCCUUCAGCACCCGAAGAGAAUGAUGUCGAUGUUGGGUUUUUACUCGCAUCAUUGCCCCCGCAGUCCUUGCUUCCCCUUGUCACUUCUCUGCUGUCCGCUCAGCCGGCUCUCAAAACCACCAUUCUCAGUCUUAUCCCCCGCCCCACCCUCGAUGUCGCGCUACAAGGCCUGGCAGCUUCGGCACAGAAGCUCAAAGACGCGUAUCCCUACUCGAGUUCACCAUUUCCCCAGUCCGGGACGUCACCAUGGGGUAACACAGGAGUGUUUGGCAGCUCUAGGGCAAGCACUUCAUCGUUUGGUGUUGGUUCUGCCACGCCUUCCGGGUUCGGUUCCGCCACCUCCUCCGGGUUUGGUUCCGCCUUGCGACCAGCUAGCGGCUCAUCAUUUGGUUCCGCGCCUCCAAGCGGCGGAGGAAUGCGCGAAGAGUACAUUGUAUCUCGCCUCCGACCCCACAUUCAAGAGUUCAUCUCGGCCUGCCUGUCGUACCUUCCCUACUUCUCCAAUGUCGCCACCACCGAUCCCUCUACCGCCUCGCAUACUGCCCAGACACACGCAGCCGCGCUCCGUCUGCAGCAUAAAGACAAGUUGCAUCCCACGGAGACCUACCUCUUCCUUUCGGCCCUCACAUCCCACAUUUUAUCGCAACCACCGCUUACGCAAGCCUCUCUUGUACCCAUGCUGGCCUCGAGGCUAGCGGAGGAGUGGAAGGCAUGGAUUGACCACGUGGAUCAGACCGUGAACCGUCAAGGCGGUAUGUUUGGGCGGGAGACGGUCACCACAUGGGAGCGAGGACUGGACGAGUUUGCCGGGGCACAAGGAAACGGGAUGGAAGUAAUGAAGGAGAUUCGCGAUCAUUGGGUGGUGAAGGUUGGCUGGUUGGUCGGUCGACAGCCCAUGGAGGAGAUUUGA